AUGACCUCUGUGCCGUCCUCUGCCACAGGAGUGGCAGAGCAGCAGGCCAUGCCCUCGGCUGACACCAUUCAGCAGCUCCAGGAGGCUUUCUGCUUUGUGCGUCACGAACGCGAAGACGUUCGCAAGAUGGCGAUUCGCGGCAUCGCCGAGCACAGUAAGGAGAACCGCGAUCUCUGGUUUCUCCUCGCAUCCCCGCAGUACGGCCACAGCUGCAUUGACUCCCUCCUCCAGUACCUGCACGCAGGCGGCAAGCACGUGCUGGGCGACAUCCUGACAAUCCUUGUCAACUGCUCAGCCGAUGGCAGCUGCGCCGAGAUGCUGGUGCAGCGCAAGGUGGUGCGCAAGGCAAUGCGGCUGCUGGAUGGGAUGGAGCGGAGCGAUCAGCCAGAGCCGUACGUGCGCAGCGUGCAGGAGCUGACGCUGAUGCUGCUGAACAACCUCACGUCCAGCCACGUCACCGCCAUCGACGACUUUUUGCAGAAGGAUGACGAGGACAUGCGCGGCUUCUACCUCGGCAAGCUGCAGGUGUACUACGAGCUCUUUGUCCGCUCCACGGAGGCGGAGGCGGCGCAAGCCGGUGAGAACUUGGCGAAGCCAAAGCCAUCCUCGUCGCACCGCGACUUGAGCCGGUGGAUCCUCCACAUCCUCCUGAACCUCACCCGCACGCUCGACGGCCAGGAGCUGCUGCUCGAGGACGAAGGCUGGCGUGGGACCUUGAGCAGCUCGCUCUCGUCGCCGAACCCGCGCCAUCGCUAUCUCGCUGCACAGUGCUACCGCAACUGCGGUUGCUCUCCCAAGCCGCUCUACGGCCUCAUACUGAAUAGUGACGCGCUUGUGACGGCGGUGGACCGGCUGAAUUGCAAGGAGCCGAUCGAGGAUAUUCAGAGGAGCCUAGCAGAGUUCAUUGCCAGCGUGCUCGAGUCCGAGGAUGGCAUGGCGCGGCUGGAGAGCGUGAACGCAAAGAAGGUGCUCGCGCGGGCACUCGAUGUUUCCCAGGCCGCGCACGCCGCGAAGGCGGCGGCCACAGCAGCCAGCUGCGUCGAGGUGGUUGAGGAGGACGGCGUACCGGUCGCUGCGACGCCGACUGUCACGCUAGCCCCCAGCGUCAUCGAGUUCCUCCAGCAGAGCGUGAUGCCCUACCUGGAGGACAUCAUGGACGCCUACAUCGCCCCUGGAAGCGAGGAGCUCGAUUGA